GCAAGCUGCUGUUAAACUGCAUCGUUGAUGUGCUGCAGGCCAGCAACGGUUCCAUGUCUACAGACAGGCCACCUUCCACAGCUGCAGCAGCGCUCGACUCGCUGCUCUCUCCCAAGGACCCUGGGCAAAUCCCUCUCCCACCCAGGGAUUCCAUCGCCGGAUCAGACUACAACGUAGUUCUCGAAGACGAUGCCCGUUUCUCGACCAUCCCGCUGUCAGAGUCGUCCGAUCGUGCGAGCGUCAUAUCUCUCAAGUCUGAAGUGCUAGUCAAUGACCUUGCCAAUAAACUCGAACGCAGGACCACAAUAUCUGCACAAUCCACCACAAGAGCGGUUAGCCAACGUCACUUUGCGCACAAAAAGUCGGUCUCCAGUGUCACACCAAGUGAUCUUACUAGGGGAAACAUCCUUGCGCGGCUCGGCCCCCAAAAAGCAUUCGAUGAAAGCGAUCUCGACGCGUUGCGCGUAGUUGGGAGCGGUCAACAAAGGCUUCACGAAGAGUUCGUACGACUACAUAACGAACGACGGGCGGAAGCUGCCAAGGAUGAGGGAGACAGUAUAGACUGGGACUUUUGGGGUGCUGUGAUAUCCGAUUAUCAAGGGUAUGCUGCUGAAAAUCCCGAAAAGCUUGCCAGAGCUAUAGAAAAAGGGAUACCGCACACGCUGCGUGGAAUGAUGUGGCAGCUAAUGACAGCCUCCAAGGAUAGCGAACUUGAGAACACCUAUCUGGCACUUCUGAAGGGAUCCAGUUCGCACGAGAAAUCCAUCACCCGAGACCUUGGAAGAACGUUUCCGCACCAUGAGUUUUUCACCAACGGCCAAGGGAUCGGUCAAGAAAACUUGUUCAAUGUGCUUAAAGCCUAUUCCCUGUAUGAUCCACAAGUGGGCUAUUGCCAAGGGUUGCCAUUCGUUGUCGCUGUGUUGCUGCUAAAUAUGCCAGACGAACAGGCAUUUUGCUUGCUCGUUCGUCUGAUGUACUCGUACGACCUCAGAGGUCAUUUUUUACCCGAGAUGCCCAAACUUCAGCUUCGAUUAUUUCAGUUUGAUAGAUUAGUGGAAGAGCUUCUCCCCGUACUUCAUGUACACUUCCUUCGCCAGGGUGUCAAGUCGAGCAUGUUUUGCUCGCAAUGGUUCCUCACACUAUUUAGCUACCGGUUUCCGUUGGAAAUCGUGUUCCGAAUCUAUGACACAUGCCUGGCGAGUGGCAUCGAAUCGAUCUUCGCGUUCAGCCUGGCUCUGUUACAGAAAAACGAAGAUACACUAUUGUCUAUGAAAUUCGAUGAGAUCCUCGUAUUCCUUAAGCAGAGAGUGUUUGAGCGAUAUAAGGUUGGUCCAGCUGAACAACAAGCAGAGCAACUGACAAGCCAGCCAAAAUAUCGGGUGGACGAUUUAGUGCAAGACGCCAUCUCGUUGAAGAUUACGCCCUUCAUGUUGGACGCCUAUGCACACGAAUAUCAUGAUCUCGUGAAGAAGCGAGAGGCUCACGCAAUUGAAGUUGACAACCUGCGGAAUGCUAACCGAGCACUAACAGCUAGAGUGUGAGAAGAAAUUUUCGCUGUGUAGCAGUCGCUCAUAGCAUUUACCACUAGGAAGGAGCUUGAUACCAGCCUCGCACAGCUGAAUGCUGAGCAUGUUGUUGUUUUGAACCAGCUAGUGAUGGCCCGGCUCCAAAACGAGGAAAUAGAAGAAGAAUUAGUUCGCUAUAAGUUGCUUUAUGCCGAAGCGAUGCAUCGAACCGAAGAUGCCAUGUCAUCACAUACUCGUUCAAAGUCUAAUGCAGGAA